AAUCUAAAAGUAAAACUCUCAAAACUGUCCAUUACAGUCUCCUCAAAUAUUCAGUUUUCCCGCCUUCUCAUUCUAGCCGAGGUUCACACUUUCUUUCCCACUUGCAACGGCUUCGUAGAGUGUGGUAUUCGUAAUGUAACACACAGGUGGGAGUGAGAUUUACGGCUCUAAUCCUGUCCAUACAUCUGCUGUUGCGGGCCCUCUGCCAUCCUUGCUUUGCACAACACAGCGACGCCGAGAUGACACCACCAUCUUCCAAAGAUUCGUGCUGCAGCCCUUGCUUCCAGGGUCCAGCGGGGGCAGCCGGCCAGCCGGGAAUUCCAGGCGUUCCAGGCCAAAAUGGCCAGCCGGGGUCAAUAGGCCAGAGAAGUAAGCCCGGCUUGGGUCUCCCUAAAUUCAAGGGAGAUACUGGCGAUCACGGUCAGGAAGGGGAGCAGGGAGAGCCGGCGGUUGAAGAACUCCCUGGCCAGCCAGGGAAGCUGGGGCCACCUGGUCCCAACGGCGAGAAGGGAGGAAAGGGCGGGCCUGGAGAAUCGCCUAAUGUCACCCCGACACCGCCCUCUGUCGUCGCUUUCAGCGCUCAAUUGAGCAACAGUCAUUUCACAGGUAAUUCUGGUGAUUUGACAUCUUUGACAAUAUCCAAGCGAACAUCGGAGACGCGUACGACUCUAGUACUGGAGGAUUCACUUGCUCCCUGGCGGGUGUUUAUUUUUUCAGCCUGAAUCUUUUGAGCUGGAACACUGGACCGACGCUGAACGUAGUCUUGAGAAGAAACGGUUCAAAUAUACUUUAUGUAUAUGACAACCAUCAGGCUACCAUCACCAGUCCAGUAAUUCAGCUGUCCUCGUACUAGCCAGCGGGGACACGGUUCAUCUUGUGAAUCGGAGUGCUAGUGGAGGGAAAAUCCACUGCAGCCAAUAUUCCUCUAAUUUUGGAUUUCUGAUCCAAGCCAUGUAACAAACCCAGGGCGAACCGAGGUGCACGUCAUCAGUGGACGCAAUGGAAGGGAAUGGAUUUUAAAGUGACAGAGCUCUUUCCAACACUUUUGUAGUCUACAAACAUAUCCACAAAUUUCAGACACUUUGUUAUUAAUGCAAUUAAACAGGUUAAUAGAGCGACAAGUUGACGGUUUGGAUAUAUAGAUUUGGGAUUCAUGUGCUUAAUAGUCCA